AUGUCAAUCAAUGCACCAGAGACCAUCCACGUGGGCUCAGAUGAGAAGAAGUUGUCUCAUGCUGAUGAGAAACCCAUAUCCUCGGAUGUCGAGUACGGCUCUGUACUGCCCGAGUAUGAUCAAGAUGGGCCACUCGAGUUUGAGGAGAAGAAGGAGCUCAAGCGUGGUCUGAACCAGAGGACUAUACAAAUGAUUGCCUUGGCUGGAACCAUUGGUACUGGCUUGUUCUUGUCUUCAGGCAAAGCCAUCUCGAGAGCUGGCCCAUUGGGCGCCUUUCUCGGUUACACUUUUGUUGGCUUCCUAUGCUCGGGAGUCGUCAUGUCCAUCUCGGAGUUGAGCACUCUUGUUCCUCUCAGUGGAGGCAUCACUCGUCACGCCGAGCACUUUGUCGACCCCGCCCUUUCCUUUGCAAACGGAUGGAAUCAAGUGUACGCCAACCUAAUCAGUGUACCUGCUGAACUCUGUGCCGCCGCCGUCUUAUUUGAGUUCUGGACAUCCUCUGUCAGUAAUGCUGUCUGGAUUGUUGUGCUGGGCGUUUGCCUUGUCGCGAGCAACAUCGCCUUCGUCCGCAUCUACGGCGAGCUCGAGUUUGGCUUUGCGACAUUGAAGAUCAUGCUCAUCGUCGGUAUCAAUAUUAUGGCUUUGGUCAUCACAUGUGGAGGCGGGCCUGACCACAAGAGCAUUGGCUUCCAGUACUGGCGUAACCCGGGCCCUUUCGUUGAGUAUCUGGGCUAUGCCGGCUCCCUGGGUCAUUUCAUGGGCUUUUGGACGACCUUCAACAACGCCGUCUAUGCUUACUCGGGCAUUCAGAAUAUCUCCAUCGCCGCAUCCGAGACUCAAAACCCUCGCAGAAACAUUCCCAAGGCAGCCAAGAGAAUCUUCGUGCGCGUGCUGCUCUUCUAUGUGCUCACCAUCUUCAUGGUUGGCCUUGUGGUACCAUCCAACGACCCUCACCUGCUGAAGUCCACCGGUACUGCUUCGCAGUCACCUUUCGUUAUUGCUGCAACUCGUGCUGGCAUCAAGGUCGUGCCAUCGAUCAUCAAUGCGAUUAUUCUGACCAGUGCUUGGAGUUCUGGCAACGCUAGUAUGCUCGCCGGUUCUCGUAUCCUCUACGGUCUGGCAAAAGAAGGUCGCGCACCCAAGAUCUUUACAAAGACCAACCGUUUCGGUAUCCCUUGGGUCUCCGUCGGUCUGUUCAGUGUGUUCUUGUGCCUCGCCUUCCUCUCGCUAUCCAGUGGAGCCAAUGUUGCUUUUGGCUGGCUCCAGGAUCUCGUUGCCGUUGCUGCCAUAGUUGACUGGAUGGUCAUCUGCGGAGUAUACCUGCGCUUCUACUACAGCAUGAAGAAGCAAAACAUCUCACGCAGCGAGCUUCCCUGGGCAGCGCCUUUCCAACCCUAUCUUGCAUGGAUUUCGCUCUGCUCCUUUGGUGUUCUUUUGCUGACGGGUGGCUACGUCUCUUUCUUGCACGGACACUGGAAUGUUGAGACUUUCAUCUCGAGUUACUUCAACAUUCCUCUCUUCUUGAUCUUGUACUUUGGGUACAAGAUCAUGUUCAAGACCAAGAUUGUUCCUUUGGAAGCACUUCCCGUCCGACACUUCAUCGACAUUGCGAAUGCCAACCCUGAGGCUCCUGAAUUGCCAAAGGUGGGAUGGCACAAGUACAACUUUUUGUGGGAGUAG